UUUUGUCACAGUGCCUCAAAACUUCAGCUCGAUAACAUUCAUUUCACCAAUGAAGACUCCACACUUCAUUUUCGUUGGUCUUGGCAUUCUUGGCAUUGGCAUUGUUUCCAUCAAUCUGGUCACGCUUGCGAGCGCCAUGGACUACUCGUACGUCGAUAAUUACAACCAAGACGAUUACUUUUAUCAGUUCGAAGGCUUAGACAAUUUGCACCAUCCAAUGGAGGGCAACUUAACAUUUCGUGAACUCAUAGCCAAAGAAAAAUGUAAAUCACGAAUCCAUCGAUUUGCUUGCUUGCUGAAAAACUACAACUCCAUGCUUCCCCCGCGACAAAGCGGCAACUUGGUCAAAGUAUACUUCGAUAUCAUAGACGUCCCUGAGAUCGACGACAACCGUCACACUAUGACCAUCGUCUUGGAAUUGGUCCUACAAUGGCAAGAACCCAGAUUGGUCUUGGACCCGAAUAGAACCACGGCCAUCAACAUUGAUUCCGAAGGUCUGAAGCGUCUUUGGAUUCCCAAUGUAAUGUUUGAUCGACAACACAAACUGGCCCAGAUUGGUUUGUUUCAAGACUCAAAAGGAGGCGCUGUUCGGGAUGGUGAAAUGAUUGAAUUUUGGACCUACAUCGAAGUAACCGUAUAUUGCGAUAUGAGCUUUGAACAUUUCCCAAUGGAUGAACAGACAUGCAAGUUCGCUUUGUCUUCUUUAUCAUCUCCUGAGGAGCUCAUGCACUUUGAAUUUGAUGUGAGCACAAGCCAACAAAACAACCGCCUUCAGAUGUACGAAUUGAAUAUCAAACCCUUUACGGAUCCCUCCGAUUUACGAUGGGAAUACCCUGCUGCAAAUUACUCCAUAUGUGGAUUCCAUGUCAAAAUGAGGCGGAUUUCCUCCACCUAUAUCCUGAUCUAUUACGUCCCUUGCACUGGUAUGGUCCUGGUGUCUUGGAUCAGCUUUUUGGUGGAUCCAAAUAUUGUUCCAGGACGUACGGCGCUCUUGGUAACCAUAUUCUUGGUCCUAACUACGAUAUUCUCCGGGAUUCAACGCGACACGCCCAGAUCUCAAGGACUCACCGCAUUGGGACAAUACGCCUUGGUUUGCUUGACCUUCGUGUUCUUGGCUAUGCUUGAAUUUGCCACUCUUUUAUUUCUGGAGCGCUUCUCCGCGCACAAGCAAAAGAGAGAGGCACGGAAGGAGGAAAAUUCGAGCCGAUGGGGCGUGCCUUCGAUUCAAGACCAAGCCAAAGCCGAGAAGAAGGCCAAAAGGACGAAACAAUGGAUCAAGGAUGUGGCGUCGACCUCGUAUUGGAUGGAUCAAAUUGCACUAGCACUUUUCCCCAUCGGGUUUGCUAUUUUCAACCUCGUUCACUUCACACAGUACAAUUGAAUUGUCUGUUUCCUG